UACAACUACUAAACUACUACUUCUAUACUACUACACUACUUCUCUACUACUACUCUACUACUACUACUACUACUAGCUCUAGUCUUGAGAGAUCGUUUUCUUCUCCUCCUUCUUUUCCCCCACACAAACUUUGAAACUUUGGGACUUUGACGAUCCAGUUGCGCGCCUGAUUAUAAUUGGACGUUAUUUAGUGUCAAUGCUAUUCUAACCCCGUUCGCCAAUGUAAAUCACCUUUGAACACCGCGUUCUAAGUUUUUCUAUCGUCCUUUGACCCUCUCGAGGGCGGCUACUAUCAUACCACGAAGCUGUCUUACGCGAUUAUAACCUUUGUUGACUUCGAUGACCAUAUCUUAACUCGACGCCCCUUCGAAUUCUAUCUUCUAUUACACUACAUCAAUAGCUCUCUAUCUUUCAUUGCCUCCUUGCCUCCUAUAAAGAUCGCUGUUCCAAUCUAUUAAAAUGGCGGCCGAACAAUCUCGGCCUGCGUCGCAGAAACUCCCAGCCGGCCUGGCCACAGUCCUAAACGCCCCCGAGGAAAAUCGGGACUCGGCGUAUUACUCGAGUACAGAUGCGUCCAGCAAGCACACGUCCGCCGCGUCAGGCAUGGGUCUCAAUGUGUAUCACUCUGCGCAAGACAAGACCCCUUCUCCUACAACAACAACUCUGGUUCCUCAGCCCCUAGUAUCUCCCGCGAGCAAUAUGAGUGUGGCGGCGAUGGUAUCACCGACGACACCGGGUAGCGGACGUUUUGAAAGACCCCAAUCGUUUGAUUCUAUACAGGGUACCACAUCAUUAAGUGCAGCAAGCAUCGGACCGGAUUCGCGACGGGAAAGCGUGGAUAGUAGAAUUAACCAGGGCUUUGGCGAUUUACGGUUAGGCGGUUCCCCUUACGCGAGCCAGAAUCAAUCGACAACAUCGAUUCACGGGGCCUUAGCACAACAAAGAAACCCUCGUCCGGGCAUAGAACAUUUAUCUGUACACAGGAUAUCUAAUGGAUACCAACCGAAUAUCGAGCGUACGCCUGAUGGCCAACACCCUAAAGCGGCUCGAACGGCGCCUGCUAUCACGGGCCCCGCUACAAGUACCAUCGCUCGAGCCGCCGAACCAACCAAGGGUCAAGCCUGGGCCUUCCCCGAGGAGGAAAUUCAGCGUCUACCAUCCUCGAUUGGUACAUUUUACGAUUCGAGGAGGAGUAGCAUUGCGGAAUCGAUUGCAAGCAGCCAGUUCACGACUGAAUCUCGGUUACCCCCUGGACAACGGCGACUCGAUGAUGGCCUUGGCCCGGACUUCCAGCAAACGAUUCACCACCAUACGCUUCAACAUAAACAGCUCUCUGAUCUUCAUAGUGAGGAAUCUAGUCCGCAUAGCGGUAAUCAACCGUAUAGCCGGACGCCGGAGCUGCGUAAAAGUCAUAAGCUUGCUGAACGGAAGAGGAGGACAGAGAUGAAAGAAUUAUUCGAACAACUUCGCGAGCUCAUGCCACAAGAGCGAGGAUCCAAGGCUUCUAAAUGGGAGAUACUAACGAAAGCUAUCGCCGAACACCAGAAGCAGACGGACACUAUAAAGUCUCUAUCGGGACACUACCAAACUGCUGUUCAAGAGUCGGAUAUGUUACGUCGUGAAUUGGACAGGUUGCGCAUGGAAAAUGCGCAGCUUCGUGGGAACGUGCCGCUUCCACCUGGACAGGGCGCACCGAAUGCGCCCAUACCAUCUCAACCGCCUACGGAACACUAUACUCAGGAUCCAUAUGGGAGAGCCACGCGACCGGAGCUACCACCUCUACGUGCCUUAAACGCGCCCGAAUCCAUGACGGGUGUUCAGUACGAAGGUCAAAGACCCAAUGGUUAUCGACCAGACCGCUUCUAAAAUAAACGCACCUACGAUCAUUCGUAAUUUCUUUUGUUGUAAACGUGUCAUAUUUGGGAGGCGGCAGCCAUAAAAAAACUAGAAACUUCCUGCGCAUUUUAUCGAUACCCCGUGC